UUAUCAAUCGUGAAUGAAAACGGACGUGUUCGAAUAAAACAAUAAUAAAAUCGAAGCUGUUUCGUUUAAUCAUAAAGAAAAAAGUGCAAAAAGCAUAAUAAGAAAAAAAAUAUAAACAAAUCCAGCGGCUUUUAAUUUAAAGUAAAUAAUUUUUUUUAGCAGCAGUGUUUGUUAGCGCUGCUGCAAGCGGGUGUUUUUUCGUCGUGCAGUCAAUCCCAGUCGUCGUCGUUGUUUUUUUGUCUUGUGUAUAGUUUUUUUUUCUUCACUGCUUUUGUUGUUUUUGCCGGAGUUCAUGUGAAUGUGACAUUUACUAUAAAAUAAAUCAAGAAAUUACUAAAACAAGAAAAAAAUUAAAAUAAAAACAAAAAAAGAAUUCAGUUUAAUGCAUAUUUGUUAGUGUAAUUACAUAUUCUUUUGAGCAUUAUUGUUGUUGUUGUUAUUUCAAUUUUAUUGAAUGAAUUAUUAAAGAAAAAAGGUGGUGGUGUGUGAAAUACUUUUUUGUUUGUUAUCAUCUGUGGGGCUGGAAAAUAUUACAGCUGUCGUAAAUAGUGCAAUAACUAUUAUUAGUUCUAUGCAGUCACUGCAUUGAAAAUAAAGAUAGUGAAGUUGUUGUUGGCUUUAACGCAUUUUUAGUAAAAUUUUGAAAAAAGUUAGAAAAAAAUUUAAUAUUAACAAGUUUAUUUUCUAAAUCACAAAAUAAUGAUAAUAAAUAUUGAAUCUUACAAACAUCUUUUCGGUAUAUUCCGGUAAUUUUAUUAUAUUUUUAAAUAAAAAAUCUAAAAAGCUUUAAAAAAUCUUAAAAAGCCAAUAAAGAACCAGAAAAUGUGCCAACAACUUUACCUGCCUCAUCAAAAACAACAACAGCAAGUAACAGAGAACACGACACCACCACCUAACGCUACUCUCGGCCAGAUAAAACAGGUUCUAUUUUGCCGCAGUAAUCAAGACCAACAUUACUACAAUAAUCUUUCUCGUCAUCAGCAGCAUCAUCAUGUACAGAUGUUACACAAAUCUCGAGAAUUUAUAUCAUCAAAUGACCAACAACAUUAUCAUCGCAACCACCUCCUCCUACGCAUAUUUUUAUUAAGGAAUAACAGUAACAUGAUAGUACCUUUUCGUCAGACGUAUCAUUUGUCAUUUAUGUUGUUGUCCACCAGUGUUUUGCUACUGCUGUUGAAUUCAAUCCAUGUUGUCCAGUCACACAACUGUCAACAUCUUCAUCCCAAGGCACAUGAGGUUAUUCACGGUGUACGAAUCGAAACAGUUGAGACAACAGCGACUUCAUUUGAUCAUGCGCCGCAGCAGCUAGAAAACUCGUUAAAUCAUGAUCAUCAGCAGCAUCAUUCAAGACGGAAAAAACGUAGUACGGUUGAAAGACCACUACGAAUUUCUUUAGUCUAUGAUGAGUCCGUUCUUGGUCUGGAUACUGACAAAUUCAUUUUGAUUAAUGAUACUGUACUACCGGAGGCAAUACAAUUUUGGGAGCAAGCAUUAAUGGUGCGACAAACUAAAGGACCCAUAAGACUUAACAGGAAAUGUAACAGUACUAAAGUUUUUGUUAAAAAUGGCUUAACACACUGUAUAGAUAAUUGUAAAUCGAUAACCAUGUGUGGUGAGGUGGAGGUACCCGAAGAACAUUUGGAUGUGUGUCGCAUUUGUAAUGCCACUGGACAAAAUUGUCGGGUAGAAGAAUCAACUCAAGCCGGUGAGGGUAUUGAAGAGGCUGAUUUCGUCUUUUAUGUAUCAGCAAGACAGACGGAACGUUGUCACAAGGGUCUGACAGUGGCUUAUGCUGCACAUUGUCAACAAGAGGCUACUUUAGAUCGUCCCAUAGCGGGUCAUGCUAAUUUAUGUCCCAAUAGUAUAAGCACAAAACCUCAGGAACUGCAAACUUUGAUAUCAACCGUAAAACAUGAGAUCCUGCAUGCCUUAGGAUUCUCCGUCAGUCUAUUUGCUUUCUUUCGCGAUGAUGAGGGUAAGCCAAGAACGCCGAGAAUACCGGAUACUGGUAAACCACAUUUAAAUGAAAUCCUACAAAUACAUCAGUGGAGUAAUGAUACCAUACGCAAAGUGGUUAGAGAUAAUUGGUCGGUGCGCAAUGGUCAUGUACGCAAAGAGAUCGAUAUGAUGGUGACUCCCAGGGUUGUGCAAGAAGUACGCAAACAUUUUAAUUGUGAUCUUUUGGAGGGUGCUGAGUUAGAAGAUCAGGGAGGUGAGGGUACUGCUCUGACUCACUGGGAGAAACGUAUUUUAGAGAACGAGGCCAUGACUGGUACACACACUCAAUCUCCUGUUUUUUCACGCAUUACAUUAGCUUUAAUGGAAGACUCGGGCUGGUAUCGAGCUAAUUAUAGUAUGGCCAGUCCUUUAUCUUGGGGUCGUGGUUUGGGCUGUAAUUUUGUUAUGCGCAGCUGUAAGGAUUGGAUACAAUUGAAUAAUGCCAAAGGCCGUUCUAUACAUCCUUUCUGCUCCAAGGUGAAACAAGAUCCCCUUCAAACUGAAUGCACUGAUGAUCGUAAUUCCGUGGCAUUGUGCAAUUUAAUAAGACAUGAAUAUAGAUUACCGGAACAGUACCAGAAUUUCGAUAGUAUUAACAAUAUCAAAGAUGGCGAUGAAGUUUUCUAUGGAGGAUCCGUAUCAUUGGCCGACCAUUGUCCCUAUAUACAGGAAUUUACUUGGCGCAAUAAUAACAUAACAAUAAGAGGAUCACACUGUCAUUUUGUGGAAAAUAAUCCCAAACCAUCUAAAAACUAUGCUUUAGAAAGCUACGGUCAGGGUUCAAAAUGUUUCGAUCAUGGUGAUGCCAUGUGGGAAGAACGCACAUGUCAUCAUACUCGCGAAUGGCAGCAUUGGGGUUCUGGUUGUUACAAAUACAAUUGCAGUGAUGGGCGUCUUCACAUACAAGUAGCAAAUUAUACCUAUACUUGCUAUUUUCCAGGACAGAGAUUAUCUAUAAGCAUUUCGGCUAAUGGUUGGCUGCAUCGUGGCGCUCUUAUUUGUCCCUCCUGUGAAGAAUUGUGUGGUGAAUACUUUGGUGCCCGUGAUGAACAAUGUCGUUUAAGAGAAGAGGCACCGCCUUUAAACAAAUAUCCACAGGAUCAUUUACGCUGUGGGGCCCAGAGUGUACAGGUGACACUCGCUCAAUAUUUGCCAUUAACUCUAGCUGUAUUAAGUCUGCUCUUUCACAAGGGAAUUGUAAAUGCAAUACGACAACGAUAGGUGUAGAUACAAAAAGAUAAACAAACGUAUAUUAUAUAUAUAGAGAAAGAAAACUAGCAAUAGAAUUGUAUAUAGAUUUUAGCCUAGUUAAAUAGUUAAAUAUUUUACGAUUACUAUUAUAUUUUUGACUACUUUUAUUUUCGA